AUGAAACUUAUCUCAAAGACGUCAAAUAGUGCAAACUGCCCUCCCGAGUUCGAAUUUCUUCUGCCAGAUGCAACAAGCAACAUACAUCUGUCUUCCUCACACUCUCCUCUUCCAAGACCGACGCGACUCGUCUUCUAUUCAACCAAACAGAAUUCGCAGAAUACCCUAGCCUGCCUUUCAAUCAUCUCUAGAAUGGCUUCGUUGAGGGAGGUAAUCCUUCAGCUAAGAGCCGUUGUGAAUAACCCUACGCAGUUGAAUGCUCCCCUGGAAUGGCCGAUUCCCGGACUUCGAAGCUGCUUGAAGCACUGUUCUUUUGCUAGACUCGACAAGUGGCACAUCAGGGUGCACGAAGAAUACGAUAACCAGAUCGCCCAAGACUCAGCUUUCUAUGAGUUUCAAGACGAAGUCUGGGAUUGUAUGACCCGAGCGUCUGAGAAAUCCCAUCACCUGAGACUAUGGACGAAGGGCAGAUUGCCUACAAAAAGUCCGUUCAAUUUCAUUAGCUACCGUCAUCUUGUUUCGGAAGCUCUCGCAGACAUUCUCGAGGCAUUCGAACACUUCUCGGCAAUGAAUGGGAGGCCUGUGGGUAUCGUCUUCAAGUAUAUCAAGAAGUGCUACGAACUCAUGAUUCGUCUCGGCAGCAUGUUGUAUCCUUAUGGGGACAAUGAAAAUUGGUACGCCCAACAUACGGAAUUUCUUAUCGACGCAAAUCUGGAUGGGUUCAGUCUUAAUUGCACCAUAGUCAUGGAAGUUGCCGCUGAUCCUACUCUCGCUGCUUCGAUUCUCAAUCCCGCCAAGAUACCAGGGACAUGUCUGCCACGGCGUCCACAACCACCCAUGGUAGCCCUAACGAAAGGCCCAUAUGGGCCGCGACUCAGUAGAAAUUUGUAUUGGGCACAAUAA